CUUCAGUUCCACAGGGCGCCAACUAGCAGCAAUUGGGGAGUGCUGUUGAUAAUUGGAGGUGCAUACGAAAAGAUAACGCCAGAUGGCCGGCAGAAGGAUGGUGACGAUCCUGCAGCAUUUCUUACAGCAUGCGGUUACAACGCGUGGGUGCUACACAGUUAUCCUUGUGCGCAAAACAGCAAGACUCCUUUGGGCUCUGCUCCUCAGGAGUGUGUUCGGAAUGCGAUCAAUACGAUCAAAAGCGGACACCCAGAAAUCAGGCUAGGAGUCUGGGGAUGGUCAUCUGGUGGCCAUCUGGCUACUACUAUUGACGUACCAGUGGAAUUCACCAUUCUGGCGUAUCCUGUCAUAUCGAUGAAACAUGACAUUGCGCAUGAAAGGUCGCUACAUAAUCUGCUUGGGCUACAAGCUACAGAUGAUGAAAGAUCCUCAAUGUCAGCUGAAAAUCAUGUCACAGCGCAGACGUCGAUUACGUAUAUGUACCAUACUUGGGAAGAUGAUCAAGUCCUGGUUGAGCAUACAUUUCGAUAUGCGAACGCUCUUGCUAGUCAAAAUCGGCCGUUCAAGUUGGUGAUCGUGCCAGAGGGUAAGCAUGGA